AAAGGCUACACAGCUGAGAUAUUAACACAGUAAGGGGGGGGUUUGAUUCAAUUUAGAAGUAGAACAAAACUUUAGCUAAAGGUUGGCAUGACUUUUGAUAUUUUUUAAAACUGUUCAAUGAUUUGAUUUUUACUCUGUUCUUUUUAAUAAGGUUCUACGCGGCAGAGGUGGUUUGUGGAUUACAAUUUCUUCAUUCCAGAGGAAUUGUUCAUCGUGAUAUUAAACUGGAAAACAUUCUGCUGGACCAAAAUGGACACAUUAAAAUUUGUGACUUUGGUCUGGUGGCUCACAACAUAUUCGGCAAUAGAACCACCAGAGGCCGAAUAGGAACCUACGGAUACAUGGCUCCGGAGGUUAUGCUUAUGAAGGAAUAUAAUGCAGCUGCAGAUUGGUGGUCACUUGGUGUCGUCAUCUACCGAAUGGCCAUAGGGAGAUCCCCAUUUUACAAUGGUCGAGUCCGGACAAUGGUGCAAGAGUCCACUGUCAGUGACGAGCCCCAAUACCCUGAGUGGAUUAGUCCAGAACUGCAGGACCUACUGGAAAAGCUCUUAAAGAAGAAUCCUCAGCAUCGUCUUGGCACCAAUGGAAACAUCAGGGAGCACCCUUUCUUUGCUUCUAUCAAUUGGGUGGAGCUGGAGAGUCUGAAAGUAAAACCCCCUCUCCAGCCUAGAAUGCCAUCGACUGACUCUUCUGGCUCAUCUUUAGAGAUAGAGAAAGACAACAUUGGAUGUAAUGACAUCAACAUCCUCUCAGGGUUCUCCUUUAUAAAUCCCAACUGGCAGGAGUAA